UCCUUGUAUUGCAUUUGAACCACAAAGUCUAAAGCAAUGGCACAACCUCUAAUUCAACAAGGCUGGAUUUUCUCACAAAUCAUCUUAAUCCUAUGGCCUCUACGGCAUCUCCUCCGUCUCCAGCUUCCCUCUUCGUCGUUGGUAGCAUAAUUGGUUAUCCAACAUGGAAGAACCAAACUAGUAUCCUGAUACAAAACAAAGCAACAACCAGGAGGAAAAACCAUGCUAAACUCUGCGUUUUUGCCGCGACACAAGAUUCCGGUAAUUGGCAAAGACCACCCCCUGGUGUAGACACAAGGAUUCAUUGGGAGAAUGAUGAUGAAGGUUGGGUUGGAGGGAGCAGUUCAAAUGCUAAACAAGAGCCACUUAAACCUGAAACCGAGCAGAAAAAUUUACUUGGUGAAAAAUUUUCUGACCUGCUUUAUUCUUCUGAUUCUCAUUAUCAGUUCUUAGGAAUACCACCAGAUGCUGAUUUAGAGGAGAUAAAAGCAGCUUAUAGAAGAUUAUCAAAAGAAUAUCACCCUGAUACAACUUCGCUUCCUUUGAAAACAGCAUCAGAGAAGUUCAUGAGACUAAGAGAAAUAUACAAUGUAUUGAGUGAUGAUGAGACCCGGAGUUUCUAUGAUUGGACAUUGGCUCAAGAGGCAGCUAGUCGUCGAGCAGAGAAGAUGAAGAUGAAGCUCGAAGACCCUUACGAGCAAGAUGUUAUGAACUAUGAACCAGUCCCUGAUAUGGUGGAUAGGCUUGGUGGGAGAAAUUUAGAAUUAAGUGAUCAAGCAAUGAGUGCUCUUACAUUUGAUGCUAUCAUACUUGUCUUCUCAAUAUGUUGCAUUGUUUAUGCUAUAUUCUUCAAGGAGUACUAAUAGAUGUAAAUCAGUAUUAUACACUUGUACAAAAAUUUAAGAUAUAUUAGUCUUGAUUACACAAAGUGGUUAUUGUGUUACUGAGCACUUGAGCAGAGUUGUCUGUUAUUGAAUGGUUUUA